AAGAAAACCCAGCCAUAUACCAAUAAGACCUCCCAAAUAAUAAUUAAAAAAAUAAUAAUUUACCCAGCCAGCGGCAGGUGUGAAAGUACUCUCCUCCUCCCCCUCCUCCUCCUCCACUUUCAGACUUUGGGUGGCCAUUAUCUCCCCCAUUUACAGAAUGAAAUUGGGAAAAUCUUCUCACAUCUUCAUCUUCUGAGAAGGAAGGGGAAGAGGAAGUUUGUUGGGUAUGUCUCAUUCGUGCAUUCGUUCUCUUCCAGCGCUGAAGAAGAAGUUUGGUUUUGGUCUCCUUCAUAAUCCGCUUCAGAGUUCUACCAACACAAUCCCCAACUUGUACAUAGAGAGACAAAAGCACUCAAAUAAUUUUGGAUCAUUAUUCACCGCGGCCUUUUUAAGUCCCUUUGGAAAUCCAACUUUAAGGUUUAGGGCUCAGUGCAGGUCAAUAUCAAUCUUGCAUCCUUUUAUCCUUCAGGCCACAGGGGAGCUUUGCACGCUACCCACUUAUCAACUGCCGGCUUCUGAUACUUGCAAGGGUACAGCUGUUCAUUUAGAGGAACCCCAUGUCGAUUCUGAUUGCAAAGUUACUGCCGAGAAAACUAGGGGAUUGUACAAAAAACCAGUGGAUUUCACCAAAGUGAACAAGAAUCUGCUUCCUACUGUAGUUCUUGUUGGGCGCCCGAAUGUGGGCAAGUCAGCUUUGUUUAAUCGUUUAAUCCGGAGGCGGGAGGCUCUUGUCUACAAUACACCAGAUGAUCAUGUUACUCGUGAUAUAAGAGAAGGCAUUGCCAAAUUGGGUGAUCUACGAUUUAGAGUACUGGACUCAGCUGGUUUAGAAACGGCUGCAUCUUCAGGCUCUAUUCUUGAUAGAACAUCAGGAAUGACUGCAAGUGUUCUCGCAAGGUCUCAGUUUGCGGUUUUCCUGUUAGAUGUAAGAGCUGGACUGCACCCCCUUGAUCUGGAGGUUGGAAGGUGGUUGCGCAAAAAUGCACCUGGAAUCAAUCUUGUCGUUGCCAUGAAUAAGUCUGAAGCACUUUUUGAUGGUAGUGGUUCUCUUAUGACGGCUGCUACUGAAGCUUAUAGGUUAGGAUUUGGUGACCCUAUUGCCAUAUCAGCUGAAACUGGACUAGGAAUGCAAGAUCUUUAUGAGAGCCUGAAACCUAAGCUUGAGGACUAUAUGCUCCAAGUAUUAAACAAUGAAGAAGGUACUGCUGAGGAUGGCAGUUCUUGUGAUGUUGAGGAAAGUAAGCUGGAAUUACAGUUGGCAAUUGUAGGAAGACCCAAUGUUGGGAAGUCAACCUUGCUGAAUACAUUGUUACAAGAAGAACGUGUGCUGGUGGGCCCAGAAGCUGGUUUGACAAGAGAUUCAAUUAGAGCUCAGUUUGAGUUUGAAGGGAGAACUGUAUACCUGGUAGACACUGCAGGUUGGUUACAACGAGCUAAACAAGAGAAAGGACCAUCAUCCUUGAGCAUUGUGCAGACAAGGAAGAAUCUAAUGAGAGCUCAUGUAGUUGCUCUGGUCCUUGAUGCAGAAGAGAUUGCAAAUUCUAGGAGAAGUUUGAAGCAUGAUGAAGUAGUUAUAGCUAGACAGGCAGUUGAAGAAGGCCGGGGCUUGGUUGUGGUUGUGAACAAGAUGGAUCUAUUAAGGGGGAAGCAAUUAUUUGACAAGGUCAUGGAAAUUGUGCCCCAAGAAAUCCAGACUAUCAUGCCCCAGGUGACUGGGAUACCAAUCGUAUUCAUAUCAGCCUUGGAGGGAAGGGGCCACGCAGAUGUCAUGCACCAAGUUAUUGAUACAUAUGAAAAAUGGUGUUCACGAUUGUCAACAGCUCGUCUCAACCGUUGGUUGCGUAAGGUUAUGAGCAGGCAUUCUUGGAAAGAUCAGGCUGCUCAACCCAAGGUUAAGUACUUCACGCAGGUGAAGGCCAGACCGCCUACUUUUGUUGCCUUUUUGAGUGGGAAGAAAGAGCUCUCGGAAACAGACAUCAGGUUCUUAAAAAGGUCUUUGAAGGAAGACUUCGAUUUGGGCGGAAUACCGAUCAGGAUCAUGCAGAGGUCCGUCGAAAGGAAAUCUGCGAGUAGCAGUAGCAAGAGCGGCCAAACUACACAUAGAACGGCUGAAAGGAUGUCGUCCGACAAGAGAAGUAGCGUGUUGGUUGAAGUUGAAUAGCACUUGAGUAAAGGACUAUUGUUGCCCUCUGUAAUCUCAAGUAAUAUAACCCUCCUCAGUUGAGGUUGUCUAAUUAUCCAAUGGUUGCAAUUUUUGAGCUUCUAUAAUUCGCUUUAGGAAAUUUAUUUUUGUUACAGGUUAUGCUAUAACCUGUUUUGUUAAUUGACUUGAAAUUCUUAGUUGAGUGGGACGUCUUAUCUUCGGCUCCUAAAAAUGGUAGGCAAAUAAUUGUUAGUCCAUUGUGAUGCUUAAACAAAUGCCACCUCCACUAUCGUUGUAUCAAAUUGUAUACUUGGAUUGAUGAAGUGAAGUGAAUUUCACUAAUAUUUUGACAGUUGAA